GGCCUGUGCCCGGUGAGUGGUUUCACUCCCUGCCUGAGAAAGCUGAGCCUGGGCUCCGUUUAGCAACGUUGGACUGGCUGACGAGGGAAGAUGGUGAAGGAAACUGGCUACUAUGACUUGCUGGGGGUCAAGCCCUGUGCCACCAUAGAAGAAAUCAAGCGGGCCUACCGGCGGCUGGCACUGAGAUACCACCCGGACAAGAACCCCAGUGAGGGGGAGCGAUUCAAGCAGAUUUCCCAGGCCUACGAGGUGCUGUCCGACCCCCAGAAGAGGUCGCUGUAUGACCGCGGUGGGGAGCGGGCCAUGAAGGAAGGAGGCGUGGGGGGCAGAGGAGGCUUUGGCCCCCCCAUGGAUAUCUUUGACCUGUUCUUUGGCGGAGGGGCCCGCAUGCACGGGCCCCGGGUGGAGCGGAGAGGGAAGACGACUGUGCAUCAGCUGCCCGUGACCCUGGAGGACUUGUACAGUGGGGCCACGAGGAAGCUGUCCCUGCAAAAGAACGUCAUCUGUCGGAGCUGCAGCGGCCGCGGAGGAAGGGAAGGCCUCGACACGCGGUGCCCCAAGUGCCACGGCUCUGGCGUGGAGGUCAUUGUUCACCAGCUGGCGCCCAACGUGGUGCACCACAUCCAGACGAUGUGUCCGCAGUGCCAGGGGCAUGGGGAGUGGAUGCGGCCCCUGGACCGCUGCCUGGCCUGCAACGGGAGGAAGGUGGUCCGGGAGAAGAAGGCCCUCAGCGUCCACCUGGACAGAGGCAUGGCCGACCGGCAGAAGAUCACUUUCCACCAGGAAGGGGAUCAAGGGCCGGGCCUGGAGCCGGGAGACAUUGUCAUCGUCCUCGACCAGAAGGAGCACCCGGUCUUCCAGCGCCGUGGCAACGAUCUGAUUGUCAAGAAGGAGAUCGACCUGGUGGACGCCCUCUGUGGCUGCAAGACGGUCAUCCAUACCCUCGAUAACCGGAGGCUGCUCGUCACCUCCCGGCCAGGAGCCAUCAUCAAGCCCGGAGACAUCAAGUGCAUCCCCAACGAAGGGAUGCCCGUCUACCGGAGCCCCGCCCAGAAGGGGAAGCUCAUCAUCCAGUUCAAGGUGAAGUUCCCGGAGCCCGGCUGGCUCCCCACCCACCAGCUCCGUCAGUUCCAGGCCUUCUUCCCACGCCGCGAGGAGGUCAUGGCCACGGAAGACACGGAAGAGGUGGAGCUGCGGGAGUACUUCCCCCACCUGGACCACGGGCGGCACUUCACCGGGGAGGCCUACCGGGAGGAUGAGUGUGAGGAUCCCGUGCGCCACAACGUCCAGUGCCAGACGUCGUAGCCCCCCGGGCUGAGCCGCCUCCCCCCCAACGUGCAGCCGGAGGACGGAAAAGUGAUUGCCGCUGCGCCAUUCCCCACCCGCACCCCCCUGCCGGGGGUGGUCCCUCGGCCGCCUCGACCAGAACGUGCCUUGGGGGUCCCACCCGGAGCAGCACAGCUCCCGCCGUGUCUGUCCUCUGCUGUGGUUCGUCGUCAUUCCUGCCCAGCUCUGCUCUCCUCCCCACCCUCCUCGGAGGUGGUGUGCCUGGCGGAGGAGGAGGGCCAGUCUGGACACCUUGAGUCGCUGGAGCGGGUGGGAGCCUUGCCUUGCCCAGGCAGAGGGAGCCCAGCACCUGACCGAGAGGGUCGCCUGGACUGAAGUGCCUUCGUGUGGCCCGGCUGGAGGCGGGGAGGGGCCCAGCGCCUCUGCUGCUGCCCUGCUGAUCUGCUGCUGCUGCUGCUGCUGCUGUUCCCGGACUGGCUCAGGGACCGCUGCCCACCCGCCUGGCGUCCCUUGGGCCUUUUGGCCCUUUUCCCGUGGCUCAGCAGGUGGGAGGCGGGGGCGGGGUGGCUUCUGAGGCAGAAGCGGGUGUGCCUCCCCGUGAAGCUCCACCUCCUGGGGCCUCUGCCCAGUAGCCGCGGUCUCCUUCGGUGGCCACCUGUCCUGCUAGGACCCC